ACUUUAGUAGGGGGUGACAACGACGGUCAACGGUUGACUCCAAGUGUUAAUCGUAUCUACUCGAUAAGUUCUUCUCGAAGUAAUGUUGGCUGCAUUACUGUUUUUGGGUGGUGGGUAUUGAAUCUGAUGACUCGAUCAGCAAAUGCAAAGACUUGAAAUGAAAGUUCUGAAACUUCAAAAAGACGGCAGUGAGAUGGAUUCAAGAACAUUAUCAGUAUAGCCAUGUAUUUCAAGCUUGUAAUAAUUCUCCUAGUACUUGUCGUAGAAGCAGCUGAAGGUUUCGGCUUCACCUACAAUGGUUUCGAGUCAGUAACCUUCCAAAACGACUCAUGGAGCGGAGUCAUGGUUGAUGGUUUAUUGAGAUUAGAUCAAGGGGAUAUCUUCUACCCCGAGCCAGUAACCUUCAAAAAGGACUCAUCAUCCGGUUCAGAAGUUUCCUCCUUCUCUACCACUUUCGUCUUCGCUAUCAGAUCAGAAUACAAAACUCUCAGAGACCAUGGACUCGCCUUUGUUAUCUUUCCAGACCAGCACAUCCUUUUCAGUGGCUCCGACAAUCGGAAUAUGAGCAAUCAUGUUUUUGCUGUGGAGCUCGACACGAUUCACAGCAAAGAUUCCGUUGACAUCGAUGACAAUCAUGUUGGGAUCGACAUCAAUGGAUUCGACUCUUUGAAGUCAGCAACAGCAGGAUACUACGUUAACAACGACCCAAGGCACCGAAGGAAAUUGAACCUCACCAGUGGUAAUCCAAUGACAGUUUGGGUGGAGUAUGAUGGUGGCCGGAAGCGAAUUAAUGUUUUUUUGGCUCCAAUUGAUGUUGGUAAGAAACCACAAAUUCCACUCUUGUCUUUGAAAUAUGACCUUUCCCCAGUCUUUAACGAAACUAUGUAUAUUGGCUUCUCCGCAUCCUCCAGCUCAGUCAUUACAUUCCAUUAUAUUUUGGGCUGGAGCUUUCAGAUGAAUCGCCAAGCUCAAGAACUUGUUCCUUCACUGCUUCCCAAAUUGCCUAGGAUAGGAGACAAAGAAGUGUCUAAACUUCUGACCUUUGGUGUGCCUGUGAUGGCUGUGAGUUUAGUUAUGCUAGCGAUUUCUCUUGUGGUUUUUGUCAUGAGAAGGAAGAAGUACGCAGAACUACUUGAAGAUUGGGAGCUCGAGUAUGGGCCUCAAAGGUUUAAAUACGAAGAAUUGUAUAGAGCCACUAAAGGGUUUGGAAAGCAAGCGCUCUUGGGUGUUGGGGGAUUUGGUGAGGUCUAUAGAGGUAUAUUACCCAGCUCUAAGCUUGACAUUGCUGUGAAGAGGGUUUCGCAUAAAUCAAGGCAGGGAAUGAAGGAAUUUGUUGCAGAAAUUGUUAGCCUUGGCCGGCUCCGUCACCGGAAUUUAGUACAACUCUUGGGCUAUUGCAGGCGAAAUGGUGAACUACUUUUGGUGUAUUACUACAUGCCUAAUGGUAGCUUGGACAAGUACCUCUACAACCAACCGAAGGUGACUCUCAACUGGAGUCAGAGAUUUAAAGUCAUCAAAGGUGUGGCUUCAGGGUUGUGUUAUCUUCAUGAGGAGUGGGAACAAGUAGUAAUUCACAGAGAUGUGAAGGCUAGCAAUGUGCUACUAGACCAGGAUUUGAAUGGAAGACUGGGAGAUUUUGGACUUGCAAGAUUAUGUGCCCAUGGAACAGACCCUCAAACUACUCAUGUAGCUGGUACACUUGGGUAUUUAGCCCCGGAGCAUGCAAGAACAGGUCGGGCCACCAUGAGCACAGACGUGUUUGCUUUUGGGGCAUUUUUGCUCGAAGUUGCUUGUGGAAGAAGGCCAAUAGAGACACAAGGACCAGAGGAGGAUAUUGUUUUGGCUCAUCGGGUUUUUUCGUGUUGGAAUAGAGGUAAUAUUCUAGAGGCAAGAGAUCAAAACUUGGGUAACGAUUUUGUUGUUGAGGAAGUGGAAUUGGUGCUGAAGCUUGCAUUGUUGUGCUCUUGUUCGCAGCCAGCAACCAGGCCAAGCAUGCGACAAGUGAUGCAGUAUUUGGAGGGUGAUAUUGCUCUUCCGGAGUUGUCACUUCUUCGGCUCUAUUCAAGUGGUUUAGCAUUUGUGAAUGAUGAAGGUUCUGAUGAUGUUGAACUGGCGUAUCAGUGUUCAUAUGUUCCAGAGUCGACUCUCCUAUCAGGUGGUCGCUGAAUCCAAAUCAAGUAUAUUAACGUUCACAGCCGAACACAACUUAUGCUUAUUGCUUGUGCACCUUUGAAUCAUUUGACUGUAUGUACUACUCAAUUUUCA